AUGGAGAACACUAGUUGGAACACUGAAUUGCAGUCGAAUUCUGAUGCUUGUAGCAAUACUGUGUUUGAUCACCAUAGGUUUGAUGAAAAUUUUUAUGUUGAUGUGCAAGAGUUUGGUAGAGAUUGGAUCCCUGAAUGUUCUGAGGGAUUGAAACCUUACAUUGAUCAGCGUUUUAGUGAUCUUAAUCAAGCUUUUAUUUUCUACAGGGAAUACGGUAGAUCAUCUGGAUUUGAUGUACGUCGGUCCACUGAAAGGAGUGAUAGGGAUGAAUCGACUCGGCAAAUCAUCUCACUCAAUUAUUCUAGGCCAAAUGGCGAAAGAAGGAAAAACUAUGAAGUAUUUGGUGAUGCUGUUUCUUUUGAUGCAACGUAUAGGAGGAACAGGUAUGGGAUGGUUUUCAUUCCUCUUGUAGGAAUAGACAAUCAUUGGAAAAGUGUGACCUUUGGGGCGAUUUUGCUUGAACGGGAAGACAACGAAAACUAUAUAUGGGCAUGCGAAUCUUUCAAGAAGGUGUUUGGUAAGGAUCCCAAAUGUAUUAUUACAGAUCAAGAUCUAGCAAUGAAAGCUGCUCUUCAAAUUUCCUUCCCACUUGUUAAGCAUCGACUUUGUACUGUUUUCUUUGCCGAAUCAGGCUUCAUGGAAAAAAUUAGACGAGUAAUUUGGGUAGAUCAUACAACACCAGAAGAAUUUGAGCAUGGAUGGUUAGAUGCUGUUGAUGAAUUUGACUUGAACGAAAAUGCUUGGCUAAAAGAAAUGUUUGAUAUGAGAUCUUUGUGGAUUCCAGCAUACUUUAAUGACGAUCCAAUGGUAGGCCUCUUGCGGACAACAUCGAGGUCAGAAAGUUCUAAUUUUUAUUUUGGAAAUUACGUUCAGAGAGGUGAUACACUUUCAGAGUUUUACAUAUGCUAUCAAAGUGCAAUUGAAAAACAAAGGAUCAACAACGCCAAGAAACUGACACACUAUGAUGACUUCACACCAAAAACAAUUACAGACAGAGAAAUUGAAAAAGAUGCACUUAGACUUUAUACACAAGGGCUCUUUUCUACAAAGUUCAGGAAGAGAUUAGAGCUGGUAGUGUGGAUAUUGUUCUUUUGGGCUUGA